CCCAGCUCUACUCUAUUCCAUUUUUCGAGUUACAAAUUCAACCUAAUUGCCGUAAUAUUUAUUUUCAUGGAUGUUAGCAUUAUGGAGAUGAGUUCGCCGUUGGAGUCCACCACUGAGUUAAAUUUUAGUAUGGAUGAUGAAAAAGUGCAAUUGCCAGAGCACACAACGGGUGCAGCAGGCAGCAAAGCUAUUUCAGUUGUUGAUAUAUGCGACAGACCCAUAUCAGCCAGUGGUUGUUAUUGUGGCAAAGAUCGAAACCUCAAUGUGGUAGAACUACUGUGUGCAACGUGCUCACGUUGGAUUCACGAGACGUGCAUUACGUAUCAGCUCGGCAAAGUAAAAUUGUUGCCAUUUAUAAGCAACUAUAUUUUUGUAUGCAAAAAUUGUUCGGCCACGGGUUUGGAAAGUUUUCGAAAAAGUCAAGCUACAAUUUCUCAGAUGUGUCAAUGCGCGAUUGCUAAUAUGCAACAGUUAGCUCUGCGUGAUCGCAAGCAACAGACCCAAUUUAGUAAAGAUAGAGAGAUUAUACCUUACAUCGAACAAUAUUGGGAAUCUAUGACAACGAUGCCCCGACGAUUAACGCAAUCUUGGUACUCUACCGUACAGCGAUCUCUCAUGAAAGAUGUGAACACGAUAUUCACAUAUGAAGAGCAUGUGGAGCACGGUGCGAUGUAUGGGCUAUUUCACACUGAUUUACGCUUAAUAAAGCCGAAUUACGAUCUUUUGGGCAAAACGGGUGGAAUGCGCCUUACUGAGGAUGGUUUUAUGCAAGCAGCUCUGGCUAAAAACAAUCGGCAGAAGCGAAAGUUUCCGGGUAAUGAUGCAGGCCCAACUGGAAAAAAAGGACGUCCUAGUUCGGAUAUUACAGCUAAUGUUAAGCUCCCGCCACACGGAUAUCCACUAGAGCAUCCGUUUAACAAGGAUGGUUAUCGCUAUAUACUCGCAGAACCUGAUCCACAUGCACCUUUUCGUCAAGAAUUUGAUGAGAGCUCCGACUGGGCUGGAAAACCAAUACCUGGCUGGCUAUAUCGUACAUUGGUACCUAAUGCCGUGCUUCUGGCACUGCAUGACCGUGCGCCGCAGUUAAAGAUAAGUGAGGAUCGCCUAGCGGUUACUGGAGAGCGAGGGUACUCUCAAGUUCGAGCCACACACUCUGUUAACCGCGGUUGUUGGUACUAUGAGGUCACAAUUGAAGAGAUGCCAGAUGGUGCUGCUACACGACUCGGGUGGGGGAGGGAAUAUGGUAAUUUGCAAGCCCCGCUUGGUUAUGAUAAAUUUGGCUACUCGUGGCGCUCACGUAAAGGCACAAGGUUUACUGAAAGUCACGGCAAGCAUUACAGCGAGCCAUAUGGAGAAGGUGAUACGCUCGGUCUGCUUAUAACUCUACCCGAGGAUACGGCACAAGACUAUCUGCCAAACACAUUUAAGGAUCGCCCCCUUGUUAAAUUUAAGUCGCAUUUAUACUACGAGGAUAAAGAUAAAAUAUCCGAGACUAUCAAAAAUAUGCGCAUUCUCCUUGGAAGCCGCAUUGAGUUCUUUAAAAAUGGUCUCUCUAAGGGUGUGGCUUUUGAAGAAAUUUACUCAGGUAGCUACUAUCCGGCAAUUUCAAUACACAAGGGCGCCACAGUUAGUGUCAAUUUCGGACCAGUUUUCAAAUAUCCUGAUGUGCUGGCCAAUCGUAACGCAAAAGGCAUGCAAGAUCGUGUUGAUGAAUUAAUAACGGAACAAUGUCUGGCGGAUACACUAUAUCUAACAGAAAAUGAUGGACGUCUUCGAUUGGACAACACAGGGAUUUAAUUAUUUACUGUUUAUUUAAUCAGAAAAUUUGUUUAUUUGCUCAUUACAUUUCAAAUUACACAUUUAUAGUAUUAUAAGUAUUGAAUUGAAUUAAU